AUAUUAUAUGCUCCAGAAUAUGACUCUAUGUGACUCUAUGUUACAUUAACUAAUUAAAUUGGUUAAAAUAUCAACAAUUAAACAGAAGGUAAAAGGUCAAAAUUGAUAUGAAUUCAAAGCUUAUAUUCUUUUCAUAAUACAAUCAUUUAUAAAUAUUCAAUAAUUUAUAUAAUGGUGGGUCAAGUUGCCUAAGAGGUUACGGUACUUAGAAGGGGUAAACUUUUGUAUGUUACUUGGAAGAUGUCGCGUUUGUUACAUAAGCCUGCUAUAAUUACAAUACAAUGAAAUGUUAACAUUAAAAUGCAACAGAAGCGGAAAACGUGUUGUCACAGUCGGUUUCAAAGCUUCAUGGUGACUAGUUGUAUGGAAGAAAAUUGUUGAAAAAAAGUGAUCAAAGAGAAAAAGUAUUCCCAAGUGAAAUAGAGUGUGAAAGUACCUUCUCUCCCUUCCCAUAAAACGUUCUACUUAAUCAAUUCGUCAGAAUCAAAAACAAUAAAAAAUAAGUGCUUAAAAAGGAAAUUUUAAAAACAUAGCAGAACUGGUAUAUUAUACAGAAAAAAGUUAAUUAAUUAACGUUUCUUUUUGUGUAAAUAUUGCGACAAGCUGCAUCAUCGCAUGACGAUUCUUCUGGAUAAUUACAUAAAAAUAACACCAAAGAUUGUUCAAUAUUGUUAACAUGGCUGCAAAAAUAUCACAACUUAUAACAUGGUAUAAGUACCUUAAUGAAAAUUUGGCUGAUCCACGUACCAAAGAUUAUUUUAUGAUUGGCACACCAUGGCCUGCCCUAACUUUGAUUGGAUUGUAUUUAUAUUUUAUAUGUAACCUUGGACCGAGACUUAUGGAAAAAAGACAACCUUUCAAAUUAAAUAGAAUAAUGCAAAUAUAUAAUAUAUUCCAAAUUCUAAUAAACGGAUUUUUGUUUUACAAAGCAUUAACCGAAGGUUGGUUGGGACAAUUUAAUUACUUCUGUGAGCCUAUCGAUUAUUCGAAUACACCAAAGGCCAUACAGAUUACCAAAUUGGUCUGGAUAUAUUUCUUAAUCAAGAUGCUGGAUUUGUUAGACACAAUCUUUUUUGUGCUCAGAAAGAAGCAGAAUCAAGUAACAUUCCUUCAUUUAUAUCAUCAUGUUGGUAUCCUAGCAGGUGCUUGGGGCGCUGUUAAAUAUUUGCCUGGUGGUCAUACUACUUUCUUAGGACUUAUUAAUACAUUUGUUCACACGAUAAUGUACACACACUAUCUACUAGCAUCUAUGAAAAUAAAGACAAAUGCGUGGAAAAAAUACAUCACUCAACUGCAGUUGGUCCAAUUUUUCCUGAUCACGUUACACUAUUUACAAUUAACUUGGGUGGAAGAUUGCGGCUUUCCCUUAUGGCCAGCAUAUUUAAUGGUACCGCAGAAUUUGUUUAUGAUGAUAUUAUUUGGAGAUUUUUAUUAUAAAACAUAUAUCAAGAAAAAACCAGCAAUCAAAACAAUAACAGAGACAAAGAUAAGUGACAUUUCCGCUGAAAUCUCAAAUAAAAAAUCAAAAGAACAAUAAAUUUGAAAUAUAAUAUCUUUUGUAAUACCUGAUCUUUCUUUAUUUUAUUUUAUUUUUUACAUUGACAAAAAUAUUUUUUUAAAUUAAAUAUUAAAUAUUACUAUCUGGUAAGAUUAUACAUCAUAUUGGUUAUAUUAGCUUAACAAAUCUUUUAUAUAUCAAACAUUUAACGACAUACUCUGUCUCUUAAAUCUCCAUUUUGAUGAAUCAAUUACACUGUUUAACAAAAAAAUACACAAAUAUAAAAAUAAUAAUUUCUCGUGGUUUUUGAACACUGCGUAUGAUCUCGUUUACUUUUAUUACUUUACGUUUAUUUUUAUGUUAUUCAAAUCUUUGAAUACUAACAAAAAUAUAGUACAAACGUUUAUGAAAA